UACCGACCGUGGCCAUACCCCACGUGUGACGAACAUAACCUAUUUUCAACAAUAGAGUCUGUAUUUCCAUGUGAUAAGUGAAUUCGACUAAAGUAUGUCUUUUCCGACAAAAAACUCGAGAAAAAGAAAGCCAGUUAUUGCAAAAGUUGAAGAGGAUCAUAAAAAUAUUAGCGAUGAAUCCGAAGAAAAUACGACCGAGCAAUGCGACAACGAAGAUUUACUAAAAGCAGAAUUCAACGAAUCUGGUGACAGCUCUGAUGAUGAGGAAAAUGAAAGUCCAGUUGAAUCAGACACUGAAAACGACCCCAUCGUAUUUCAGUCUGAUGACGAGGAUGAGCUUGAUUUUGAAUCAGACUCUGAUGAUGGCGAAGAGUCCGAUGAAGAUGAGGAUUCCGACGAAGAAGAUUCCGAGGAAAAUGAAGAGGAAGACAAUUCUGAAGAUACUGAGGAAGAUUCAAAAGUAGAAAAAUCUUCAUCUCUGCUCAAAUCAACUAAACAGAAACAAAAUCAACAAAAAGUUGAAAUUAGAGUUUCUGACAAAAAAACUAUUACUUCUGGGAAAUCAUCAGAAAAUGAAAAAACUGUUCCUCGAACAAAUGGAAAAAUCUGUGCCAACAAGUCGGUUGAAUUGAAGAAUGGCAAGAACGAAAAAUCUCAAGUUAAAACAAAAAUCUCCAAAAAGCCAAACAAAUCUAGUGACGUUAAUGCAGAUGGCAAAAAAUCAGAAACUCUUGAUGAAAGUGGAGAUGAAUAUGAAAAUGACACUUCGGAUGAAGAGGAUAUUCGUAAUACAGUUGGCAACAUACCGAUGAAGUGGUAUGAGGAUUAUCCUCACAUCGGUUAUGAUUGGGAUGGCAAAAAAAUUAUAAAACCUCAAAAGGGUGACCAAUUAGACAAUUUUUUGAAAAGAAUGGAAGAUCCUGAUUUCUGGAGAACAAUUAAAGACCCUCAAACUGGACAGGAUGUUGUUCUUAGUGAAGCAGAUAUCCAAUUGAUUACGAGGAUACAGAAACAAAAAAUUCCUGAUGCUCAGUUCGAUGAAUAUGCGCCAUGGGUUGAAUGGUUUACAUCAGAAGUGAUGAAGACUCCCCUCCGUAAAUUUCCCGAGCACAAACGGUCGUUCUUGCCAUCAAAGCCAGAGGCAAAAAAGGUGUCCAAAUUGGUGCAUGCUCUGAAAAUGGGCUGGAUAAAGUCUUCAGCAGAAAUGCAGAAAGAGCGUGAGAUGAAAAAGAAUGAACCGCAGUUCUAUAUGCUCUGGCAAUCGGAUGAUCAGGCUGAAGAAAUGCGCCGUAUCCACAAACACAUAGCAGCGCCGAAGAGACAUUUGCCAGGACAUGCAGAGAGCUACAAUCCACCGCCAGAAUACUUGUUCGACAAACGAGAACUUAAACAAUGGAACAAACUCAAAUCAACACCAUGGAAGAGAAAAUUACAUUUCAUCCCAGAAAAAUAUAAUUCCCUAAGAGAAGUACCGGCUUACUCGAAAUACAUUAAAGAACGAUUCCAACGAUGUUUGGACUUGUAUCUUUGCCCGAGAGCCCUAAAAAUGAGACUAACCAUCGAACCGGAAGCCCUGGUUCCACAAUUACCCAGCCCUAAAGAUCUCCAACCAUUCCCAACAACCAUGUCCAUGGUUUUCACAGGGCACACUGAUAUGAUUAGAAGCAUCACUGUCGAAAGUCGAGGUCAAUAUAUCGCUUCCGGUGGCGAUGAUAUGACCCUCAAAAUAUGGGAAAUAGCAACCGGCAGAUGUGUGAAAACGGUACCUUGUGGUGGCGUUAUCCGAAGUGUUGCUUGGUGUCCCAACGAGGCUAUUUCGCUGAUAGCAGUUGCAGCUGACAAAAAAGUUUUGCUCGUAAAUCCUGGAGUUGGUGAUCAUUUGGUGACGACGAAAACUGAUCAACUCUUGGAAAUUAUACCACAGAGUGAAGUCAUAGUUAGCGAACGUGUAAAAACAGCUAUUCAAUGGGAACAAGCAGACUCAGAAUAUUGGGAAAAGGGAAUUAGAGUUGUUCUCAAUCAUUUUAAAAUGGUAAAACAAGUAACUUGGCACGCAAAAGGCGAUUAUUUCGCUACGGUUAUGCCCGAUGGUCAAAAUCGUUCAGUUUUGAUAAAUCAAUUAUCGAAACGCCGUUCACAAUUGCCGUUCAGUCGAUCCAAGGGAUUGAUACAGUGCGUUCUUUUCCAUCCAAUCAGGCCCUUCCUAUUCGUAGCGACCCAAAAGAACGUUCGAAUUUACGACCUCGUCAAACAGGAAAUGGUGAAAAAACUCUUAUCGAAUUCUCAAUGGAUUUCAACAAUGGCUAUCCAUCCUGGAGGAGACAAUCUUCUUGUUGGCACAUACGACCGGAAAAUGCUCUGGUUCGAUCUCGAUCUUAGCACAAAACCGUAUCAAACUUUGAGAUUGCAUGGAACUGGAGUGCGUGGUGUAGCAUUCCACAAACGUUAUCCUCUUUUUGCGUCUGGAGCCGACGAUCGAGGUCUCAUCGUUUCGCAUGGAAUGGUUUACAAUGAUCUUCUACAAAAUCCACUGAUAGUGCCCCUGAAACGUUUGUGCAAUCACGAGGCUUUCAACGACUUUGGAAUUCUUGAUGUGAUGUUCCAUCCAAUUCAACCGUGGGUAUUUUCUGCUGGUGCAGACGCGACGAUACGAAUGUACACGUGAAAACGGAAGAAAUUUCUAGAAAUUUCUAUCUCCAAUAAAUAAAACAAAGACCAUCAUCGAAUAUACAAUUUGUAUAAAUAAUUUUAUUUUCGAUAUAUAUUGAUAUCUUUGAAAUAAAGCUAGCAACUGCUUGCUUCGGACACAUUGAAGUA